AGGAGAGGAGGAGGGAUUCUGGGCUUGAGGCUCAGCUCAGCUUUCUUCAGAGGACCGGAGAGCACAAGCACUUUCACACAUCCCACGCCACCAAAGGAGGAAGGUACACUUUGAGUGUUGAGUGGCCAUCAGAACCAGCGCGAGAACCUGAAAGAACCUGAAGAAACUCACGGACAGUUGUGGCUGCUGGUGACUGAUAACUAAAAACAUCCGAAGAGUGACCUGACCCAUCUGUAGGUGUGAAACGGCGAAAGGAACUACGCCUCAAUGAAUCUCGAUGUGGACGCUUUUCCAAAUGUGGACUCCUCUCCAUGCCCUUAGGUCAGCCAGAUGAACACAAACACUCCAGCCCACAAAGCCAAGAUAAGGCAUCUGUGCUGUUUCCUUGUCUUGUGCUUGCAUUUGGCCUGUGGAGCUGUGCCAGGUCCAUGUAAGCACUCUGUCACCAAGGAGCAUCUUCUCUAUUUAAGACGACUGAUUGGGAACCAACUUCAGAAUGGCUGCUCUAUAUCCUACAACUUCACAGAACGGCAGAGCUUGAGUGAAGUCUGCUACAUUAAAGCAGCGCUGCCUCAUCUCCUGGAACUUCUGAAUGCACACUUCAGAUAUGGACGGGAUUCGGAUAACUACAACUAUGCUAAGUCACUGAAGACCCUAAUCUACAACAUCUACUCCCAGAAAUGCGUUCUUCCAAUCAAUGAGGAGAUUGAGGACAGUCCGGUGAAGUUCGCGAAGCUCCACAUGACGUCUCCAAGGGUUGGACUGGAGAAGGCGGAGGAGGUCCUUCAGAUGUACAAAAAUCUGGUGACCACGACUGACCAACCCAUAAAAUGGAACUGUGAGGAUGAGUACGCUGAGGACCUCCCAGAUUCCACCACUGCACAAACAUCAGGUACCCAAGAAUGCCAAUGCCCUUGCACAAAAAUCAGCUCUACGCUGUUGAGGACAUCUGUGCAGAUCAGAUCAACUUCAUCAGCACCCAGAUCAUCCCCUGCACCCGUCCUGAGACACAAAAAUGAAGGACACAGUGAAACUGAACAUGUUUUCAAACAAGGAACAUCUAACUCAAUUAAAAUCCAACCUUCUCCAGUUUCGCUCUCCAGUGAAACCUCACCCGGGCGGCACACCAGAACUGAACUCUAUGGUUCAACCCCUGGGGAUUUUACACACAUCAUCAUGUCCAGCACCCCACAUUUACUGGACACCCCAAUAGAGACGGCGAGGUCACCAUCUCAAGCCAUGUCUUCUACCACAAGAAAGCCGCAACGACGAACUGCCCUCACUGUCCAGUCAGCACCAUCUCGACCCGUUCAGAGGAACGUUCCACAGCGCAGAAGGUCAGGCAGAAGAGCACGGGAUGUUCUCUCUAAGAGAUCCUUAGAUACCAAAGUUGGAGGAGGACUAUUUGAUAUGUCCUCUGAUCUGAUCCAGAGUUGGAUUACAACAACUACAACAAACAACCCUGUCCAAACACUUCAUGUGGACAGAAAAACAGCACCAAAAUCAGCAACACCUCCUCUAUCCCUCAACAUCACUGAGGAUAUAUCAGAUAAUGUAAUCCCUCCUGCUGAACAGACUGAGGAUCUCCAGACUCAUCUUCACAUGGCGGCAUCUCCACCAGAGCAUGGAAUUAAAACCAUCAGUGAGGAAUCAGACUGCAAAGAUUUUGAAUGCCAAAAGGACACUGAGGCCACAAACGAUCAGAUUUCCAAACAUCCUGAAGCAGAAUACUGGGUGAAGAACAUCCAGCUUUCCAGCAGCUCCAUAAAAACAACAGUCCUUAUUAUAUCUGUGUGCUUUAUACUACUGCUUCUCUCCACCCUCACCUUCUCCAAGCAGCGAACGAACAUCUCAACACCUGCUUUAAAGACAAACAAGAAGAACAGCGACACUGAGGUCAAACAUCUCUCGAGGAUACAGCUUUAGAAGUGCACAGCUCAUGAACAACAUGGAUGGAUGCUGACAUUGGGAUCCUCAUUGAAAAAAUAAAAAUCAACCACAUACGGGACCAGUCAAACGUUUGAACCACCUUUCAUUCAGUGUUUCUCCUUUCUUCUACACUGUAGAUUUAAUAUUGGAGAGGUUAAAACUAUGAAAGAACAUAUGAAAUGAUGUAGUAAACAAAACCAUGUAAAUUAAACCAGAAUAAGUUUUAUAAUUUAGAGUAUUUAAAAGUAGCUCUGUUAGCUUUAAUGCCAGCUUUGCCUACACUUAACAUUCUCUCAUUUAAAAGUGUGAACCAGAGUCCAAACCAAGGCUUAUGCAUUUGUAAUAUUGUACAUGAUACAUUCAAUCCAGUUAGUUUUGGUUUCAGACUGCAGUUUAGUGAGUGGGUUAAAGAACUUUACUACAUCCUGUCGGCAUCAUUCACAUGUGAAUUCUCCCUAGACCGAAUACUCGACACUGGUUUGUACAAUGUUGUUGACAAGUUGUUGACAGCACAAGUUUGAAAUCUUGCCCUUUUGCUAGAAUCGUCCUCCCGCUUUAACAAGAAGCUGCAAAAGUUCAUCUUAGAGUAAAAAUAUGUGUAUCACUGAGAUGAUAUAAUUGAUAAUCUAAAGUAGAUUACAUAUACUAGGUGUCAUUAAAUUAUAGUAAUUGUGAUAAAACAGCCAUGGUGAACUUGUUGGUAUUCAUAAAAUGUGUCUAUUAUUAUGUACAAUCAGUCUAAUUUGCUUUAACUGUUAUAAAUGAACAUAUUCAAAUUUCCAGCUAUUAUUGUGGCAUUUCUUUAUUUAUUUAACUUUUCUUUUUCUAUUUGAGUCUUCCACUGUUAUAAAACAGCAAAUGUUUGUAUUUUCUUAUCGUAGGUCAUGUGGAGAGACUACAUGCAUAGUUCUAAUGCAUGUAAUCUAAAUAAGAUUAAGCAUUCAAAGCAAAAAAAAAAAAAAACAAUUAUACUUCUAAGUUUAAAAUAAUUAAUAUUAAUAAAUAAUUUGAAUAUCUCGUAUUUUUUAUGAAGCUAUGAUUUGAAAUACACUAAAUUUUAAGAUUUACCAGACACAUUAGGUGUAUGGUAUUGGAUCGGAAAGAAAAUCCGUGGUAUCAAACUUGUCUCGAACCAGAACAAGGGUAAAAAAUAAUAUCACGCCAGUUUACAUUUAAAAAAAAAGUAUUUCAGUUCACAAUAAUGUAAAUGAACUAGAUUACAUUCAUAAUUCACUUUAAAAAUGCAACUAAGUUCACAGUUCCAAAAACAAACAAAAUGCAAAUUAAUAUUAAAAAAGUUAAUACCUGCAGAAGCAUUUCUGCUAGUCACACCUCUGCCGGUGGGAAAGUACCAGCUGCAGGGUCUUCAGCUGCAAGCCAUCCCUCACUGAUGUUUCUCCCUUUUCAUAUCCAGAACAUUUCUUUUUGAUGGUCAUGUUAACUUGUGGCCUCUUGCUUUCCAUGGCUUUCAGUGGCUUCUUUUCAUUCCUUCUCAACCAGAGCCAGAAACCUCCCUUUUCUGCUUCUUCUGAAAGAUCCUUGAUGACCCUCUCUGCCUUGGCUGACGGGAAGUCAAUGUCUUUCAGAAAGCGUUUUGGAAGUUCAGAGUUCCGAAAAUUAAUAAUGUUCAUGAUCAUGUUUAAAGUUAACUUUUUAUGUACUGUACCUUAACAGUAGAUGAACAAUUAUUUAUAAACAGAAAUAAAAGGAACAGACUGUAAUAGACACAAAGCUUGGUUUGGACUCUAAUCUGCACUUUCAGGUGUGAAAACAGCCUUACGAUGCACGUCCACUGCACUUAAGCCCCGACGCAUCCCAUUCAUUUUAAUGGAGAAAGUCGCCGCAUGCUGCGGUGCAUGCUGGGUUGCGUUACGUUGAGCGCAUCUCAACUUUAUUCAAAUGAAUCCGGCCGCCGCGCUGCGUCCACCCAAUCAGAGAACAGCAGGCUGCCACGCCACACACAUACGAGCCUCACACACACAGAACAGGCGCCUUUUAAACACAGAAGAGAGGCUAGAAAUGACAGAAUAUGGAUUUAUUCAUCUAUAGAUCCCAGUGAGGUUUACUAAAAAUGUAAAAUCUUAAACUUAUGAUUGACUACAUCUGUUGCUUCAUUUGAAUUAAAAAACGUCACAGACACGCCCACACGCGGCGGUGGACUCGCACCGUUAGACAAAUAAAAGUUUGGUGCUUUGGACUGGACUGUGGUCUGUUGCACCUUUAAUAUUUUGGUUCAGACCAAACUGAGAAGUCUGAAAACGCGAAGCAAAGAAGGCAGGUGUAAAAGCAUUAUGAGGAAGAACUUGGAACGAAGUCUACAAGAAGUUCCCAGAGGUGUUGAGCACUUGUUGAUGCAUUCCCUUGAUGGUGUAGGAUAACAAUUUUUAAUUACAAUGUUUACUACAUAAUUCCAUUCAUGUUUUUUGUCUUUAUCGUUUUGGUAUCUUUAUUAUUAGUAUAUGUAGGAAACAUUUCAAAAAAAGAGAAAACACUGAAUGUAUCUGUGUCCAAACUUUUGACCGUGGCUGUGCCUUCUGUAAUUUACCCAGCGACUGUUCGACCUGCUUGUUGCUGAUGUGCAGUACAUACACACUGUGUGUAUAUAAACAUUCAAAGUUAUGUAUUUUUCUACAGUAAGAGUUUAUGUUUAAUGUAACAGAAAUGAUUUAGUUUAUAGUAAGUGUGUAAUUAAUACGUAUAAGAUGAAGAUGAUUAUAAGUCACAGUUCAGGUGGAUCAAAGGGAUUUGUUCGUUUAUGAUGAUCAUUGGAAACAAAAUCAAAGAAAGCUUAUAUUAUUACUAGAGCUUAUUAAUGUUCAGAUCAAUCUUGCAGCAAUUAAUCAGUUUAAUACUGUAGUUGCUUAUCUGUAUGGUCUGUGUACCAUCUGGGUGAUUUUUAUAUAAGAGGGUGACCAUGGUUUGGAGUGUGUAUGUGUGUGUGUGUGUGUGUGUGUGUUUAGAGGGGUCUUUAAUACUUUUAAUACAUAUUUAAUAAGACCAAGAGCAAAAAAUUACUUAAAUAUUCAAUAUAACGAAGUUAUCUUCAUGACGAUAUGAAAAAUACAUAAAUAAUACACACUGCCUGGCCAAUAAAAAGUUUAACAUCGGCAUUUAACUAAAAGUUUAAAAGUAAAUCGAUAAAAGCAUCCCAUUGGAUAAUUUCUGCAUGGUUGAAUAUGUUAUUUAACCCUACCCUAUAGAACCCAAAACAAAGACAUAUUUGGUCACCCUGUUAUAUAUUAUAUAAAGGCAGCUGUUCUGCUACAUACUAGAACUCAUACAGUACAAUUAGACAUCUGCAGGACAUAAAUAAAUAUAUAGGACUGGAUCAAACAAUAAAUCCUUAACAAAAGUGAAUAUCUACUUGUUCUGUCAUUAAAAUCACAUAUGUACAAUAAAAUGAUCACCUACAUUUUAA